UUAUUUUGAAUUUUUCCACAGAUAUCAAUGAGUGUCAGUUACAGGGAGUGUGCCCUAAUGGUGAGUGUUUGAAUACCAUGGGCAGCUACAGAUGUACCUGCAAAAUGGGAUUUGUGCCAGAUCCUACCCUUUCAAGAUGCAUAGCUGAUAGUCCUAUGGUUGCUGAAGAGAAAGGACCCUGCUACCGGUUUGUUAGUGCAGGAAAGCAAUGCAUGCAUCCUCUUUCUGUGCAGCUCAGCAAGCAGCUUUGCUGUUGCAGUGUUGGAAAAGCCUGGGGCCCAAACUGUGAGAAGUGCCCCCUUCCAGGAACAGCUGCUUUUAAGGAAAUCUGCCCUGGUGGAAUGGGUUAUACGGUUUCUGGCCCUCACAGAAACAAGCUAUAUCAUCACCCUGCAGUUAGAGUACAGCCACCUGUCAUUGGCAAGACCCCGAUUACUCAACCUGUUGCUAAAGGUACUUCUCCUCCACCUCUCCCAGCAAAGGAAGAGCCGGUGGAGGCACUGACCUUCUCACAGAAAAGUGAGCCUGACAUGGCUGUGCAAGAAGUGGCAACUGCAGCCCCUGAUCAGGAAUUAGUUUCACUUGAUCAAGAAAAGCAAAUCCUAGAACCUGGACAGCCUCAACUUUCUCCUGGAAUUUCAACAAUUAACCUGCACCCACAGUUUCCAGUGAUUGAGAAAACAUCUCCUCCCCUGCCUGUUGAAGUUGCUCCUGAAGUCUCUACUUCGAGUGCAAGUCAAGUAAUUGCACCUACUCAAGUUACAGAAAUCAACGAGUGUACGGUUAAUCCUGAUAUCUGUGGAGCAGGACACUGUGUUAAUUUGCCUGUGGGAUACACCUGCAUCUGCUACGAGGGAUAUAGACUUAAUGAUCAGCAGACAAAAUGCUCUGAUAUUAAUGAGUGUAAUCAGACCCCUCAUCUCUGUUCCCUUGGACGCUGUGAAAAUACUGAGGGAAGUUUCCUAUGUAUUUGCCAAGCUGGAUUCAUGGCCAGUGAAGAUGGAACUGACUGCGUUGAUUUUGAUGAAUGUUCACGACCUCAUACUUGUGGGGAAGGUUUCUGUAUAAAUACUGUUGGCUCAUAUAGAUGUGAAUAUUGUGACAGUGGGUACCAGAUGAACAGAAGAGGUGAAUGUGAAGACAUUGAUGAAUGCAUGACCCCAACUACUUGUCCGGAUGCACAAUGUAUUAAUGCUCCUGGCUCUUACCAGUGCAUACCCUGCAGAGUGGGAUUCAGAGGCUGGAAUGGACAGUGCCAUGAUAUAAACGAAUGUCAGUAUGGCAAUCUCUGUGCAAAUGGACAUUGUGAAAAUAUUGAGGGGUCUUUCAGAUGUAUUUGUGGCCAAGGUUUCAAACUCUCUGCAUCAGAGGAUCAGUGUGAAGAUAUAGAUGAAUGCCAGCACAGAUCACUGUGUGUCAAUGGACGCUGCAGGAACACAGAAGGGUCUUUCAGAUGUGUUUGUAGUGAAGGUUACGUGCUGUCUGCUACUGGAGAUCAAUGUGAAGAUAUUGAUGAAUGCCUUCAAGACGGAGAUAUUUGCCUUGGAGGAACCUGCAUGAAUACCGACGGAUCUUACAAAUGCUCUUGUCUAGAUGGUUUCCAGCAGGUAGCCAAUAGGGGAUGUGAAGAUAUCAAUGAAUGUGAGAGAUCUGACCUCUGUUCACCUCAUGGAGAGUGUCUAAACACAGAUGGUUCCUACCAGUGCAUAUGUGAGCAGGGCUUUUCUGUGUCUGCAGACAGCCGAAUGUGUGAAGACAUUGAUGAAUGUGUGAAUGGCACAGUGUGCGGCAGCCACGGGUUCUGUGAAAACAUGGAUGGCUCCUAUCGCUGCCUCUGUUACCAGGGCUAUCAGGACUCACAGGAUGGGCAAGGGUGUACAGAUGUGAAUGAAUGUGAAAUGCUGAGCGGGGUAUGUGGCGAAGCCCUCUGUGAAAACGUCGAUGGUUCUUUCCUGUGCCUGUGUUCUGAUGAAAACCAGGAGUACGAUCCCAUGACCGGACAGUGUCGCUUCCGUACCACACCAGAAUUGCCAAUAGAGCCUGAUCAACACGAAGAUGGAAAGAAGGAGUGCUACUACAAUCUGAACGAUGCUAACUUCUGUGACAAUGUGCUUGCGUCCAAUGUAACCAAACAAGAAUGCUGCUGUACUUUGGGUGCUGGCUGGGGUGAUAACUGUGAAAUCUUCCCAUGCCCUGUCUUUGGAACUGCUGAAUUCACUGAUUUGUGUCCUGAAGGGAAAGGCUUCAUUCCCUCUGAAGAAUCAUCUUAUGGGCUUCUUGCUGAGAAUUACAAAGAUGCUGAUGAAUGCCAGCUCUUUGGACAAGAAAUCUGUAAAAAUGGCUUCUGUUUGAAUACACAGCCAGGUUAUGAGUGCUACUGCAAACAAGGCACAUACUAUGACCCUGUUAAGCUCCAGUGCUUUGACACGGAUGAAUGUCAGGACCCAAACAGCUGUAUUGAUGGCCAGUGCAUUAACACAGAAGGAUCUUACAACUGUUUCUGUACACACCCAAUGGUUUUGGACGCAACAGAAAAGCGAUGCAUCAGACCAGCAGAUUCAAGUGAACAAACUGAAGAAACUGAGGUCUACCAGGAUCUUUGCUGGCAGCAUCUAAGUGACGAUUUUGUUUGUAGUCGACCUCUGGUUGGAAAGCAGACUACAUACACUGAGUGCUGUUGCUUGUAUGGUGAAGCCUGGGGCAUGCAGUGUGCCUUGUGCCCGAUGAAAGAAUCAGAGGAUUAUGCCCAGCUGUGCAACAUUCCUGUUCCAGGAUCUCGAAGGCCAUAUGGACAAGAUGCUUUGGUUGACUUUGAGGAGCACUACACUCCAGAAACUAAUCCAUACUUCGUUGAAGACCGUAAGCAAGUUUUUCUGUUAUGUAAAAUGCUUGAAAGGAGGGUUGUAACUUGGACUAUUUCCCCGUAG